AAAGGACAAAAAGAAAUUGAGGAGCCUAAUGAUCAAAGCGUUAAGGUCUCGAAUUCUGUUCAUGUCUCAGUAUCUCGAAGAACGCUGUUGAGUGAUGAGAACCAGGAGAGAGCUCCACCUGAUCUGUUGAAGUUCCUGAAAUUCGGGUCUGCUUCUGCCAGGUUCAUGCGGAUAGCUAAGGAAAGAGAUGAGAUUUCGCGUUCUGUAGCUUCAUCUCCGAGUGGUCGUAGGAUCCGAGAACGCGUCAAUGCAGUGUUUAGUCGGAAGAUUGAUUGGGGCUCACUCAUGAGGAUGUCCAAGGAAUGGAUCAAGGACCCAAUGAACAUGGCCCUUUUUGCAUGGAUCUUCGUUGUGGCUGUGUCCGGUGCAAUCUUGUUUCUUGUCAUGACGGGAAUGCUUAACAAAGCAAUCCCCAAAAAGUCUGAAAGGAAUGCUUGGUUUGAAGUUAACAAUCAAAUUCUCAAUGCGCUCUUUACUCUUAUGUGUUUGUAUCAACAUCCUAAGCGGUUUUACCACCUAGUACUUCUGUGUAGAUGGAGGCCAGAAGACAUUUCUACAUUGAGAAAAAUCUACUGCAAGAACGGGACUUAUAAGCCCCAUGAAUGGGCACAUAUGAUGGUGGUUGUCAUUUUGCUCCAUAUUAAUUGUUUUGCUCAAUAUGCACUUUGCGGACUGAACUUAGGAUACAAGAGAUCUGAACGACCAGCUUUAGGGGUUGGCAUAUGCAUAUCAGUCGCAAUUGGUGCACCUGCGUUUGCUGGUGUUUACUGCAUUAUCAGUCCUCUCGGGAAAGAUUAUGAUUCUGGAGUGGAUGAGGAAGCUCAGGUCCAAAUUACCGACCAUCAAAAGACAGAGAGGGUGAAGCCUUUCGAGAGGAGGUAUUCAUUUGCACCAAGAGAUGCACAUAUAAUUGUUGAAAACAGACCAAUGUGGAGUGGAGGGAUACUCGACUUUUGGGAUGAUAUCUCUUUAGCAUAUCUCUCACUCUUCUGUAGCUUUUGUGUUUUUGGGUGGAACAUGGAGAGACUCGGGUUUGGUAACAUGUAUGUCCACAUUGCCACUUUUAUUCUGUUUUGUAUGGCUCCUUUCUGGAUAUUCACUUUGGCUGCAGUUAAUAUUGGUGAUGAUAUUGUGAGGGAGGCUCUUACUGUUACUGGAGUCAUCCUUUGUCUGUUCGGUUUACUUUAUGGUGGCUUUUGGAGGAUCCAAAUGAGGAAAAGAUAUAACUUGCCACCUUAUAAGUUCUGUUGUGGCAAACCGGAGAUUACUGAUUGUGCACUCUGGCUUUUCUGCUGCUGGUGUUCUCUUGCUCAAGAAGUACGAACUGGGAAUUCUUAUGAUAUUGCGGAAGAGAAGUUCUGCAUAAAACAAAGGGACGAUGGUGAGCUGCUGCCGAUAUCUCCCUUGCCUAAUGAAGAUAGAGUGCUCGAAUUCAGAUCCGGUUCGGCUUCCCCAGCUGGUAAGAUCUCUAGCUCACCUAAGAAUGCUGCAGGUAAUUCUCCAAGUCCAAGCAGAUUUUCAAUUGGAGACCACAGUCCUUAUAGGAAGCUUAAUGUGGUGAAAGAAGAACCUUCUCCACAAGCUAAGAAUGAAAUUAUGAGCCCACCUGCUCCUUUGCUGAUUCACAGAGAGGGCCAGUAGGCUUCAGAUUUUUUGCAAUAGUAUUUGAGCUUAUGUGAUGAGUGAUGUGGUAGAGUGUGUCUGCAAAUUUCUUGCUUGAGGCAAUGCACUUUUAUUGUUUUUCUGGUGAUUUGUCAUUCUUAGUCUUGUAUAACUUGAAAAGGUAGAAGAAGUGAUUUGUGUAUAAUGAAAAUCAAUAGUUUCCAUUUCUUUUUCUGGUGGAUUAAAUACUGUCAAAUAUAGGGAUGAGUAUUAACACGAUCAUUUGAACUGUAAAACAAAAAUCCCUGGAGAGAAAUAUACUGUAGACCCCUCAAGCUGGGAGUUAGCUCCACUUCCUUCACCAGCUAUUUAGCAAACACACACACACAGCAUGGAAUGGUAGGAUGAUGUUCUUAAUACA